AUGCACAACACGUUAAACCGGUUGCAAACGACCUUCGGGUUCUUCACAACGUGUGCCUUUACUCUCGCGGCCAUCAUUGCUGCCCUAUCUCUAGUCCCGAUUCCGGCCCAGACAUCCUCUCCAAGCGCCUCGAUUGCCGUCCGCAAUGUUCAAGUUGUCAAAGGGAGACCACAUUACUAUUCCGAGAAGCGUGAGGAAUAUGCCCAAAUUCGAUUUGAUCUUGAUGCAGAUCUUUCCAGUCUAUUCAACUGGAACACCAAGCAAUUGUUCGUUUACGUGACUGUGAACUACCCAAGUUCUAAAGAUGGCAAGAGCGGGAUGUCUGAGGCUGUCAUUUGGGAUGCAAUCAUACCUACCACUGCCACUCCCUACUCGUGGCAGAGUCUCAAGCAGAAAUAUUUCCCAGAAAAGAUAAAGUCCAAGAGCAAGAGUAAAAGGGUCUCUGCCACCAAGUCAAAGUCUACCGAUCUCUUGAAACCUGGCGUCAUAUCUCUGAAAAACCAGAAACCAAAGUAUCAAGUCACAGACCCGAGUGGUUUACUCAGCGAAAGAGGAAAUGCUACUCUGCAAGUGAGUUGGAAUUUACAGCCUUGGGUGGGUGCUCUGGUCUGGGACAAAGGUGCAUUGGGCAACCGAUUGGGAAAAUGGGGAGCUGGAAGGGUUGGUCGAAGCGAAGUGUUUGAAUUCCCCGCCUUAAAAUCAAAGGCAGAAACUGUCCGAGACAAGAAUGGACCGAAGACUCCUCAACCUGGCUCUGCAGCUCCUGCUGUCGAAAUUUAG